GAGGAAACAGCCAUUCCGAACAGCGCAGCCGUUGCUAACGAUGCGAUGUCCCGUCUUACGGAUGAAUCUUGGGUUUAGGGGCUUCAUGGGUGCCGCGGUCACCAAAAACAAGGAAACUGGAGCCAUGGGUUUCCUCUUCAGCCUCGGAUGAACCGAAAUAAGCUGGACCCACGCGAGCCCAGCGAGCUGCCCCGGCCUGCAGGGGGCGCUCCCCUAUCCCCAACACCCUCUCCAGUCAUGGCGGGCUUCAAGCGGGGAUACGAUGGCAAAAUUGCCGGCCUGUACGACCUGGACAAGACGCUGGGGCGGGGCCACUUCGCCGUGGUCAAGCUGGCGCGGCACGUUUUCACCGGGGAGAAGGUGGCGGUGAAGGUCAUCGACAAGACCAAGCUGGACACGGUGGCGACGGGCCACCUCUUCCAGGAGGUGCGCUGCAUGAAGCUGGUGCAGCACCCUAACAUCGUGCGCCUGUACGAAGUGAUAGACACUCAGACGAAGCUGUACCUGAUCUUGGAGCUGGGAGACGGGGGAGAUAUGUUCGACUACAUCAUGAAACAUGAGGAGGGCCUGAAUGAGGAGCUGGCCAAGAAGUACUUUGCCCAGAUCGUCCACGCCAUCUCCUACUGCCACCGACUGCACGUGGUGCACAGGGACCUGAAGCCUGAGAACGUGGUGUUCUUCGAGAAACAAGGACUGGUGAAGCUCACCGACUUUGGCUUCAGCAACAAGUUUCAGCCGGGGAAGAAGCUGACCACCAGCUGCGGCUCUCUGGCGUACUCUGCUCCGGAAAUCCUCCUUGGCGACGAGUACGACGCUCCAGCCGUAGACAUCUGGAGCCUUGGCGUGAUCCUGUUCAUGUUGGUUUGCGGCCAGCCGCCUUUCCAGGAAGCAAACGACAGCGAGACUCUCACCAUGAUCAUGGACUGUAAAUACACUGUACCGGCCCACGUCUCCAGUGCCUGCAGAGAUCUGAUAGACCGCAUGCUGCAGAGGGACCCCAAGCGCCGAGCCUCACUGGAGGAGAUUGAGAGCCACACCUGGCUGCAGGGGGUGGACCCCUCGCCGGCCACCAAGUACAGCACUCCUCUGGUCUCCCACAAGAACCUGUCAGAGGAGGAGCACAACAGCAUCAUCCAGCGCAUGGUGCUGGGAGACAUCGCUGACCGGGAGGCUAUAGUGGAAGCCCUGGAGACCAACAAAUACAACCACAUCACAGCAACGUACUACCUGUUAGCAGAGCGGAUCCUGAGGGAGAAGCAGGAGAAGGAGGUCCAGACCCGCUCCUCCAGCCCCAGUAACAUCAAGGCACACUUCAGGCAGUCCUGGCCCACCAGAAUGGACAUGCAUCAGGACAUAGAAGACUCUCUGGCUUCCUCGUCCAUCUCGCACGCCGGGGGCCCCCAGUCCCCGGCCCGGAGUGCAGAGAACCUGCUGAACGGACACCGUUCCAAAGGCAUGAUGGACCUGGGCCGGCGGGAGGAGGCCACGGUCACCGACUCAGCUCAGGGAGCCUGUGCAGCAGCAGCUUCUGGCCCUGCUGCUGCUGGGACCUUCAGAGCUGCAGGUCCCUCCACAUCAGCAGCCAAGCAGAGGAUCUGUCUGUUCAGGGUGGAGGAAGAUGAAGAGGAGGAGGAAGAACAGGACCCGUCGCCCCUUCCGACCCAGGUGAUCCUGCGGCGGAAACCUCCCUCCAUCACCAACCGCCUCACCUCCAGGAAGAGCGCCCCGGUGCUCAACCAGAUCUUUGAGGAGGAGGGCGAAUCGGACGACGACUUUGAGAUGGAUGAGGGUCUGCCACCCAAACUCAGCCGGCUCAAGAUGAACAUCGCCGGCGGGGCUGGGGGUGUGGGCUCCGGGGCUGCCUCGGCCGCGUCCCCCGGCCCCACGCAGAAACGCUACCACAGACGCAAGAGCCAGGGUCGAGGGUCGUCCUGUUCCAGCUCGGAGACCAGCGACGACGACUCAGAGAGCCACAGGAGGCGCCUGGACAAGGACUCUGGUUUCACCUACAGCUGGAACCGGAGGGACAGCAGCGAGGGGCCCCCCGGCAGCGAAGGUGGUACUGGGGGGGGCAGCAGUUCCGGCCAGGGGAAGCCCCCCUCGGAUGGUGGCGGCUCCUCUGGCCCAGACAGAGGCAGCCCCCCUGGUAACGGGGAGAGGGAAGGUUACAGGUUCCAGCUUAACCAGGAAAACAGACAUUAACCAUAGCAGCACCAAAGUGUCCUCUGUGUCACUAUAAACCUUCUUCUGAUUUUACUGUUUUUACCUCUAAUGAGGAAGAAUUACAGGAAGUGUCAGAAUCUGGUUCUGGCCACUUUUGAUCCCAUUUCCACAAAGCUGUUCUAAAUCCUGACCCAGUUAAGAGUCGAUGGUGAAACGGAACCAGUGACCCACCAGUCUGCUGUUUGCUGGGUGAGAACUGGAGGAACUGGUUUAACACUGGACCUGGUUCUGGUGGAAAGGCCUGCCCGGAUGUAAAGCCAUAAAUGACAUAAACACGCCCUUUUGGCCUUUAAUAAUGAGCAAACAGUGUAAAGUUCAAAGGUCACCAUGUUCCAUCAUCAGGAGGAGGGAAGUCCAAGGCUGGCUGGGCUGCCAGGUGUUAGGACAGCAACUUAUUCAUAUUUUUGCUAACGUGGAUUCCUUCCAUCAAAACAAUCAUUUUUACAGAAUCUCCUCCUGAUGUUUGUGUUCACUCCUUCACUCAUCAGCUCUGCUUUUCCUCCUGUUGCACUCAGACAAUCUGCAGCUCCUCUUCCUGUCAGACUUUCCUCUGCAGCUUUAAAGUUCCGAUCAGAAUCUACACAUUAUGAACAUUAAUGAUGAUCAUAUCAGUUGCUAAGAAUUAGAACUGGUCAUUUUGCAUGGUGGGAUUAUUAUACAGCUGCAGGAUGAUUUGAAACAUGACUUAUUACCUGUUAUGAAGACGAAGGAGUCUUCAUGAAUGUUUACGACUGUUGUCAUGAAGUGUCAUUUGAUAAACAAUGAUAGAAUGUAAAGUUGACCAUUUUAAUGGACUUUUAAUACAAUUCUGUAUUAAAAGUGUCAUUAUUUACCAAAUGACACUUCAUGACAACAGCCUUAAACAUUCAUGAAGACUCAUUCAUGUUCAUUAAAGGUGUUAAGUCAUGUUUAUGACAGUGUCAUGUCAGUCUUAUGCACACCCCAUCAAAAAAAAGUGUCACCUCCAACUUUCUUCUUGGGAUUUUGACUUUUUCUUGGAUUUCUGACCUUUAUAC